AUGGCUCUAGCAAAGCUACCUAAAGCUUUCGGCCUUGCUGGAAACUUUAAGAAGGUUUAUUUUCCACACUUGUUUAAUACCCUGGAAAAUCAGCAAUACGUGUGUCCUUUACCAUCUGCUGAAUUUUACGGUCCGAAUCAAAUGAAGCCCGAGGACCGACAUACGUUUUUAAACUGGCAUCAAGAGCAUCAGAAUGAUGUUUUUAAUUUCCAGGAGGAAAUCGUCGCAUAUUGCAAGUCGGACGUGGAAAUACUAAUGAGAGCCUGUCUUUCAUUUAGGUCGAUGCUUCUUAACGAGUGUAAGGUUUGUCCAUUCACCGAAGCAACAACAAUAGCAUCAGCGUGUAAUAAGGUGUUUGCACGAAACUAUCUGGAAGCCGAUACAAUCGCCGUUAUUCCCCGUGGUGGUUACCGAUUGGCUGAUAAUCAAUCGGUUAUCGCUUUACAAUGGUUGUUGUGGGAGGAGAACGUACGAGGAAUCACCAUACACCACGCCGGUACAGGUCGAGAACACCUAGUAGGAGGAGGACUCAAAGUUGACGGCUUUAAUGAGGAGCAACGUCAGCUGUUUCACAGAGACACAUCGAUUGGAGGAGGUAAAAUGGAUACCAUGCGAAAUCGUUACGAGGCCACCACCAUUAAAACGACUCGACUUCGCAACUUAGGAUUUGAAGUCAUCGAAAUGUGGGAAUGUAACUUCCGCACAUUAUUAAAACAGAGUUGUGAAGUGCGUGAUUUUGUCGAAAACCAUCCCGUGUUGGCAACAUCACCAUUGAUUCCUCGUGACGGUUUUUAUGGAGGCCGAACCGGAAACACUGUUACAUACUACAAAUGUAACGAGGGUGAGCGCAUCAAAUACAUCGAUGUAUGCUCGUUGUACCCUUUUGUGUGCAAGUACGGCCGAUUUCCUCUAGGACACCCCACAAUUUAUGUAGGAUCUGCAGCCCGGGACAUUGAUUUAUCCACCGUAGAUGGCAUGGUGAAAUGUAAAAUUUUACCACCCGCGCAGUUGUACCACCCCGUUCUCCCUGUCAGGAUGAAGGGAAAGUUAAUGUUCGCCCUUUGCAACAGCUGUGGUGAAAGUUCACAGCAGCGUGAGUGUUGCCAUACGGAGGAAGAACGGUUGUUCAUAGGGACAUGGGUAAUUGCAGAAGUCCUUAAAGCAUUGGAAAAAGGCUACAGACUGGUGGAAGUGUUUGAAGUGUGGACAUACGAAACGCGUCAAUACAACCAUGCGGCGGAAGCUGAAAAAGUGAAGCUAACACCGGAACGCAUCGAAAAUAACCCUGGUCUUCGAUACCUCGCCAAAUUAAUGUUGAAUUCGUUCUGGGGAGAGUUUGGACAACGUGAAAGCCAACCCCAAACAACGAUCGUCAACGAUCCUCAGGAAUGCUUUGAUCUCCUUGCGCAUCCGUCGAAGAAUGUCAACAGUAUGACUCCUGUGAAUGAACAAACUGUUGUAAUCAACUGGGAGUACGCCGACGAGGCUGUGGAAUCUCUGCCUACUGUGAAUGUGGUAAUUGCAGCUUUUGUUACAGCACAGGCCCGUUUGAAGUUGUACGAAUAUCUAGAGAUGUUGGAUACACAUGUUUUAUACUACGAUACCGAUUCCGUUAUCUAUGUGUCAAGCAACCAUUUUCCAGAUCCCCCGAUUGGAAAAUUCAUUGGGGAUAUGACCGAUGAGCUGGAGGUAUACGGUAUCGGUUCCUACAUCACGGAAUUUGUUUAG